AUGGUUUUUAGUAAGAAUCGAAAAUCAUUUCUUGACCAAGCGAAAAAAAUUCUUGAACAUAAUCGAAGCAAGGAAAGACGUCAGGAGGAGAAGGAGCUAAAGGCACGUAGAGAGCGUGUAAAGCAGGCACAAGAAGCACGAAAACGGGCAGAAGAAGAUAAUAAGCAUGCUGGAGAUGGAGCAGGAUUUGGUAUGCCCAAAGGAUUCGAAAAAAUAUUCCAAGACCCCGAAAUAUUAAGUCUUAUGCAAGAUGAAGCUGUACUUGCAGCUUAUAUGGAUAUUACUAGUAAUCCGGCGAAUAUUGCUAAACAUCUGUCAAACCCAAAAGUAAUGAAACUGAUGAGCAAGAUAGGCAACAUUGGUGGUUUCGGUAUGAAUACCGGGAAUAUGCAGGCCGGAGCAUCUCCAACAUUCACUGGAGCUACGAAAGAUGAGAAGACACCAAACAAAGUUCCUGAACCGGACCUUGACUAA